UCGCUCGGCGGCUCUGCAUCCAACACGGUGCCGAGCGGGGAACGGCGGCUGGAACCACUGCUGCCGGGAGCCGGUGCCCCUGCCCGUGCUACCGCUCCUCGGCCAUGAACGCGGAGAACUUCGGUUCCAGCGAGCGGCUGGUGACGGCGGCCUACGUCCGCCAGGGGGCGCAGGGCCGCCGCGCGCACGAGCUGCGCCUCCGGGCGCUGCUGGAGCAGGGAAAAUGUCCUGAACAUGGAUGGGAUGAAAGCACCAUUGAACUGUUUCUUCAUGAACUUGCUAUAAUGGACAGCAAUAACUUUCUGGGCAACUGUGGUGUGGGUGAGAGGGAAGGAAGAGUGGCAUCAGGACUCGUUGCCCGAAGGCAUUACAGGUUGAUCCAUGGAAUUGGAAGGUCAGGUGACAUUUCUGCAGUCCAGCCUAAAGCUGCAGGAUCCAGCCUUUUGAACAAACUUACUAAUUCAGUAGUUCUGGAUAUUAUAAAGCUGGCUGGUGUCCGGACAGUGACCAAUUGCUUUGUGGUUCCUAUGGCAACUGGCAUGAGUCUAACUCUGUGUUUUUUAACAUUGCGGCACAAGAGACCAAAGGCAAAAUACAUUAUCUGGCCACGUAUAGACCAGAAAUCUUGCUUUAAGUCAAUGAUAACUGCAGGUUUUGAGCCUGUGGUGAUAGAAAACGUAUUAGAAGGCCAUGAGCUACGGACAGACAUCGAAGCAGUAGAGGCUAAAAUCAAGGCUCUUGGUGCUGAAAGUGUUCUUUGUGUGCAUUCUACAACAUCUUGCUUUGCUCCAAGGGUACCUGAUAGACUGGAGGAACUGGCUGUGAUUUGUGCUAAUUAUGACAUUCCCCAUAUUGUCAACAAUGCUUAUGGAGUUCAGUCUUCAAAAUGUAUGCAUCUUAUCCAGCAGGGUGCUCGAGUAGGCAGAAUAGAUGCUUUUGUUCAGAGCUUGGACAAAAAUUUUAUGGUUCCAGUAGGUGGUGCCAUCAUUGCUGGCUUCAAUGAGUCCUUCAUUCAGGAGAUCAGCAAAAUGUAUCCAGGAAGAGCAUCUGCGUCUCCUUCUUUAGAUGUCCUCAUUACGCUUCUGUCUCUAGGUACCAGCGGCUACAAACAGUUACUGAAAGAGAGAAAGGAGAUGUUUUCCUAUCUUUCAAGUGAGCUGAAGAAGCUGGCAGAUAACCACAGUGAGAGACUGCUAGAAACACCACAUAAUCCCAUUUCCUUAGCCAUGUCACUGAAGAAUCUAGAUGAAAAUAAUGAUGCUGCUGUUACCCAGCUUGGAUCUAUGCUUUUCACAAGACAAGUUUCUGGAGCAAGGGUUGUUCCCUGUGGGUCUGUACAGACAGUGAAUAACUACACUUUUAAAGGCUUUAUGUCACACGCAAAUGACUAUCCCUGUGCUUACCUCAACGCUGCCUCAGCAAUUGGAAUCAAAAAGCAAGAUGUAGAUGUAUUCCUAAAAAGACUCGACAAAUGUUUGAAGACUUUUGGAAAAGAAGCAAAGAAAGAAAAAAGUGUAAAUGAAAUAAGUAAUUCUAAUACAGGCACAGAACAACUUGAAGACUAGAAGAUACAGAUUUAGCAACACAGGAAGAUAUGCUUUUGUUUGAAAUAUGUCAGGUUUGUAUUGGUUUAGCAUUGUGAAUCUGCAGUGCAGAAAAUUUAUUCCCGAUCUGAAAACAAUGACAAAAGAAAGUUGGGUGAAAUUCAGCUUUAAAGAAAGUAGGUGAGAUUCUUUCCAAGGCAGAGGGCCAGAUACAAGUUUUGCAGCACAAAAGUGUUCUUAAUAUCUGCCAAGGUAAAGCUUUACAUUCAUAAAGACCUUGAGCUGGCCUUUCAGUCUGUGGGUGACUGUUUGGAUCAGUGUUCAGCAAAUCGCAGAAUGCUUAUUCACAUGUUUUUGAUUAAUAAGAUUUUUUAUGGCAGUGAUUGAAUUCCUUCCCAGGUAUAGACCAUCCAGCAAGAAAUGUUUUGCUGCUCUCAAAAUCUGCCUUGUUUCUCACCACCAUACUUGCCACUUCUAUUGUUGAAGAUUUGUGUAAGUGUUGGGAUAGCCCUUACUAAAGACAAUGUUAAAACUGCAUUAGGAAAUGAUGCAGUUGGAGUAGUAGUGUUUUUUAGGUAUACUCACCUCUCAAGAACUGCCUAGAACAAAGCAGCCCUCAGUGACAAAGGAAAACCUAGAAUACCUCAUAUCCUCUCAGUACUCAGCUCUUUAAAACAUUUGCAUAGUUCAGUAACCCAGAGGAAUUUUGAUAAUGAAAGCAAAUGGUUGUGGAGCAGAGAGGUACAGUCGUCUCUUUUUUUUUUUUUUUCCUCUUUUAUUUUGUGUUUUCCAUUCCAUCUUUUCUUUGAUAGGGCGAUCAGGUCAGACACGGGAAAGGAGGAUUGCCUUGUGGGAUUAAUGCAGAGGUUUCAAGAGCCAGUGUGACCUGAGAGUAUUUUGGCAUUUUUAGUCCAUUGUUGUUAAAAUGUAUAGACUUCCAUUUCUGAAGUGUCUCUUGCCAUUUUCACUGUUGCUUCUGUGGCUUGUGUGGAGUUGCUGAUUUGAAUUGAUUAAGCAAACAAUAGAUUUGGAGACUGUUCCUUAAGCAAAGGUUCUGUAUCACUGGAGUGACAGGGCUCUAAGUAGCAAAACUUUUAGUUGUUCUUAAAUGCAAUUACUACAUGGUAUGUAGUUUUUAUGUCGUUUAGUGUUCAAAGCGAGUUUAAUGUUCAACGGCAUUUUCUUUGUCUGUGGUACAGUAGUACUUGGGACACCACAAGUAAUGAGUUCUAAAUGUCAGGAAAUAUUCUAGCCACUUUGGUGGGAUCUGAGACGUGUCCUUCAGAGCCCCCUUUAAACUGCUUAAUCAAAACAGUGGUGCUUUGGAAAGCAUUGCUGUCUAUCCAGCGUGUUCAAAUGCGUUGAUACAAGAGGUGAUGUUAAUGUGCAGGAGUUAAUAAUAUGCUAAUCAUCAUGGAGCUGUUCUCACAUAGUGAGGUCUGUUGUAUCUUAAGUUUGAAUUGAACUGCUGCUUCUCUGUUGUUAUUGCUCCAGUCAGAGGCGAGAUGGAUUACAGCUUGUGUAGGAAUGGCUCCCCAGCCUGCAGUCACGGUUGUUAUUUGCUGUACAAACACAUCCUAGGAGAAAUGUAAUGUAACUUGGCCACUGAGUCCUUGUGGCUCCAAGAAGAUGUAAAUUUAUUUUAUUUUCUUUUUUAUCCCUCUCUCUCUUUUUUUUUUGCCUCACCCCACUCUCUUUUUUUUUAAUUGAGAGCAUGCUAUACCUCAGUGUUUCCUGUCAGUAAAGUAUUUCCACAAGCCUGGGAGCCAAAACUGUGCAGCUCACUGCCUCAGUCUUCAGUAUAUUGGAGCAGGCAGUGAAAAAACCACAAGGCCUUAGUGAUAUCUUUCUUCCUGUUUGUUUGGUUUUUUAAAAUAUUGCUGUUCUGUGCCUGAAUGAGUAUAAAUGAUUGAUUUAGAUGACUAGUCACAGAAUGCGAACGUUAGAACUAUUGUUAUGAGAGUUUAGGGAGGUGCGUGGUAGCAACUGAAAUAAGCAUUUAAUGAAUAAUAUCCUGAAACUGAAUAAAGAAAACAGCAUUUGCCUUCUCUGAGAGGAAGAAACCUCUGCCUUUUAUGUUCUCGUAAUAAAUUGUCUGCUGCAAAUAAUUCACUCAUUUCUACUGUAGACUGACCUGCUUUCUCAGGUGGUGUUUUUCCCCCCUUUGAAGUAUUUCCCUUCUAAAAUCAAAGCUGAAAAUUAUAUAUACAAGUAUCCGGGGAAAUAAUUAAAUGGCUUGUUUUGAUUUCAACCUUUUAAGACUUUUUUAAUUUAAAAAAAACAAUUUAAGAUGAUGGCUUUAAUUAAAAAGAAAUGUUGGCUGUCAUUAAAAUUCUUCACAAAUCUUAGUGAUGUCACCCAAAGUCAAGAAAUUCUUAAUAUUUUGAGAAAUGUGCCCCACCAUGAUGUAUAAACUCUCAAACUAAAUAUUCAUGUUACAUUACUUGGGUAAGCUGUUGUACCAGUUCGCAGUUUUGUUUACUUGCUUUGUCCCUAUAAAUGUCUUCAGAAUUAAUAUUUACUUUUUAGAGACAGAAGCAUUAUAUAAUGUCACUGUAAAUAUAAUUAAAUUUUAAGUAAUUCAAAUGGUAAUAUACUUUUAAGUAAUUAGAGAAGACUUGGUUAUUUACAGCAUAUUUGAAACAGGAGAUUCAGUAGAUGUCAAAAAGUAUUUUUCAAGGAAAUGUAUAAACCACUUAUUCUCUAUUAACUUAUAUGUGUAAUAAAGUAGUAAAAUAAUGUCGGAACAUA